AUGCAACGCUCUCAGGCCCGUGCCUCGAGAGAGAAAUCUCUAUACAGAAUCACCGGAAAAUCCUUCGGGUAUCUAUGGCCAGUCAACUCUGGUAAGCCCUUUAAACAUCUUCUCCCUCCCUGGGAAGCAAACUCUCACCAGACCCAUCAUAUUUUUCUAGCACUUGCUAAGUUACUCAUACUCCAAAAAUGGCUAGCGCAAGCAGAUCUGGAUGUAGCACGCAAGAUUUCUGCACUGAAAGAUUCUCUUAACAGAGGAGACCUGACAAAGCUUAAGGCAAUUCAAGAAGCUAUUUUACAAACGAGUGCUCCAAUGGCUCUGAAAAAUGAGCUGAUCACCAAAUUAAGAAGUGAAAAAAUUUCGUAUAUUGGAGAUGAAGGAGGCUGGAACCGAUCAUGGAUGGCGAUAAAGAAGGUCUGGGCAUCAAAGUGGAACGAGAGAGCUUAUAUCAGUUGCAAGAAAACAAAGGUUGAUCAUGAUGCCAUCUGCAUGGCGGUGCUGAUUCAACAAGUAAUUUGUGGCGAAUAUGCUUUCGUCAUUCACACAAACAAUCCUGUCUCUGGUGACUCUUCAGAAAUAUACACAGACGUAAAGAAGUUGCUCCAGUUCCUGCGAUUUAGAGUAAUAGAGUCCAAUUAUUAA